GUUGGCGUCACUUUUACGGACUUUUCUCAGUUUCUCCGUGUAUCCUACAAACGCCUCGGCAUGGACGUAGCUUCGGAUCUAAACGGUCUCUCUCGAUAUGAAAUUCGGUUACUUCGAACGGUUCCUCGAGACAUGAUCAAACUGACUCCCCUCUUAAUAGCCGUCGCCUUGCCAGGCACAAUUGCACUUCUUCCUCUCUUUUUGGCCUUUCCACGUCUGCUGCUCACUCGAACCUUCUGGAGUGAGCAGGAGCGACGCCACUUCGAUGUGCUGCAACUCCGUCUUCGUCUCCUCGGUCCGCACGCUGAUCUCACACGCCAGCUCACUUCCCUGGUCUCCCCACCUUCAUCUUCUACUGCCAGCCAGGUGCAUUUACCUGAUGCCCUCCGUGGGCAUGUUUCCGAGCCAACCUCCCCCGAAGAGGAGCAGUUUUUGGAGGAGCGCCGCCUCCUGCGUGAGACCCUUGCCUUGAUUUCUCAGUCUGAAACUCCCUCUUCCGAGGACGUUAAACGCUUGAUCCCCUUCUUUGAUGGGCCUCUCAACUUGAACGCUCUUAAUCACCAUCAUAUCACUUUUCUUUGUGGCAUGCACGGCCUGGUUAGCUAUCGCGAACCGCUCAGAAACUCCAUGGUCUAUCGUCGUCCGCAUGCUGAUUUCAUCCUCUCCCCCGUAAACAUCAGCCGCCGCCGAGAGCAGCUGCAGCGACGUGCGCAGUUCCUGUUUGCUGAGGACAAGCAUAUUAUCACUGAGCUGGAACGUGACCCACUCAUCCCCAACCGGGAACUCGUAGAGUAA